UUAACAUGGCGUCAAAGAGCAAGAAAGAUCUGCGACAACAAAUAGCAACACCCGAAAACGGUAAACAGCAUCGUAAAAAGAGAAAGUACUCGGACUCAACCGAUAAGAGCGACAGUGAUGAUGGCUACAAUCCUUGGUCACGAUAUGACAGAGAAAGAGAGGCAGAACGGAAGGAAGAAAUGCGGAAAACUCAAACUGGGAUCACUCAACGUCGGUUGUUUUCAGAAGAACAGUGUGAAGAAAUUGAGAAAAAGAUUGAUGAAGUCGUGAAAAUAGCAAAUAAAGGGGUAUACAAAGGUCAUACAGUAGAUAGAGCCCCACUAAGGAAUAAAUACUUUUUUGGGGAAGGUUACACAUAUGGGUCACAACUUGAGAAAAAGGGCCCAGGGAUGGAGCGUUUGUACCCUAAAGGUGAAGUCGACGAAGUUCCAAAAUGGAUUUAUGAUCUUGUAGUUAAGCCUAUUGUUAAUGCUGGACUUGUGCCAGAAGGUUUUGUUAAUAGUGCUGUUAUUAAUGACUACAUGCCUGGUGGUUGCAUAGUGUCUCACAUUGACCCACCUCAUAUUUUUGACAGACCAAUUGUGUCAGUGUCUUUUUUCAGUGACAGCGCCUUAUCAUUUGGUUGCAAGUUUUCAUUUAGGCCCAUCCGCACAUCAAAGCCUGUCCUGGUGCUACCGAUUGACCGAGGAUGUGUAACUUUGAUUAGUGGUUAUGCAGCUGAUAACAUCACCCACUGUAUCAGGCCUCAAGAUGUAGUACAAAGACGCGCUGUCAUCAUCCUUAGAAAAACUUGUGAUGAUGCUCCAAGACUUGACCCGGUGUCCAGUUCAAAGAUCAGACCAGCAUAUGAUGCCAGAAAAAGACCAAGAGAGAGGUCUCCGUCACACUCAAGUUCGGAAUCAAACAGCUCAGAUAGUGACAGUGAUCAUCAUUCUUACCGGAGACGUAAGAGGACAAGGCAUUCCUAUCCCGACACAAGCUCUAGGUUUCUGUAUGAUCGGCGAGAAGAAAAUGGUCACGGUCAUCGACACAAGUCCAAGAGAUCUCACCAUUCAAGAAGGCAUAGGUCUGAAUCACCAAAACACAGGAGCGGUAGUAAUAGUAAAAGCAAGCGAGAAGUUAAGCUGGUGAGAAAGUAGUUAUAGUUUGGUGAGAUGAUAGAAUGGAUAGAUAUUACAAAACUGUGUUUUAGAAGAUUUUCUAAAAUGGAUAUUUUGUCUUAAAAGGAAGUUCAGGGAAUAAGAGUCAUGAUUGGAAGUACAGAAAGUGUUAAAUAAUUGUUGAUUUUUCUCACUAUUUUGUUGUUUUUUUGGAAUACUGAAAAAUGUUGCUUUUUAAUUUGUUUAUUGAGUUUUUAAUAUGUGGGUUCUUUGAUGCCAAUUUGUAUUUUUUCAUUUAUUUGCACAAAUAUUAGACAUAGAAAGUGCUAGACAGUUACUCUGCUCAGAAAAUUCUUACAAAAAGCUAUGUGCUAUUGUUCAUGAAGUUAAUUGAAUGCUCUUUUUUAUGAUAAUUAAAUGAUGAGGUGCUACAUUAAUGUACCAGAUUGUCUAGGGUAAAGCAGAUGCUUUCUGUAGAAAGAUGUAAGCAUUUUAUUUCUCAUUCUUGAUUUUUAGCUCACCUGAGCACGAAGUGCUCAAAGGUGAGCUUUUGUGAUCGCUUUGUGUCCGUCGUCCAUCAUCAUCCGUCCGUCCGCCAUCAGUCGUCCGUCCGUCGUCAACAAUUUGACUGUUAACACUCUAGAGGUCACAAUUUUGGCCCAAUCUUAAUGAAACUUGGUCAGAAUGUUACCCUCAAUAAAAUCUUGGAUGAGUUCGAUAUUGGGUCAUCUGGGGUCAAAAUCUAGGUCACCAGGUCAAAUCAAAGGAAAGGCUUGUUAACACUUUAGAGGUCACAAUUUUGGCCCAAUCUUAAUGAAACUUUGUCAGAAUGUUACUCUCAAUAAAAUCUUGGAUGAGUUCGAUAUUGGGUCAUCUGGGGUCAAAAACUAGGUCAUCAGGUCAAAUCAAAGGAAAAGCUUGUUAACACUCUAGAAGUCACAAUUUUGGCCCAAUCUUAAUGAAACUUGGUCAGAAUAUUACUCUCAAUAAAAUCUUGGAUGAAUUUGAUAUUGGGUCAUCUGGGGUCAGAAACUAGGUCACCAGGUCAGGUCAAAGGAAAAGCUUAUUAACACUCUUAGACUAGAGGUCACAAUUUUGGCCUAAUUUUAAUGAAACUUGGUCAGAAUGUUAUCCUCAAUAAAAUCUUGGACGAGUUUAAUAUUGGGUUAUCUUGGUUCAAAAACUAGGUCACCAGGUCAAAUCAAAGGAAAAGCUAGUUAACACUGUAGAGGCCACAUUUAUGACUGUAUCUUCAUGAAUCUUGGUCAGAAUGUUGAUCUUGAUGAUCUAUAGGUCAAGUUCAAAUCUUGAUCAGGUGGGGUCAAAAACUAGGUCACUAGGUCAGAUCAAAGAAAAAGCUUGUUAAAACUCUUAGAGGCCACAUUUAUUACUGUAUCUUCAUGAAACAUGGUCAGAAUGUUAAUCUUGAUGAUCUUUAGGUCAAGUUCGAAUCUUGGUCAUGUGGGGUCAAAAACUACGGCACCGGGUCAAGUCAAAGGAAAAGCGAGUUAAUACUUUAGAGAUCACAUUUAUGACCAUAUCUUUAUGAAACUUGGUCAGAAUGUUAAUCUUGAUGAUCUUUAGGUCAAUAGGUCAGGUGUGCGAUACAGGGUCUUCAUGGCCCUCUUGUUUAUUGAAAUGUCAUAGCUUAUCCAAGUUAAAAAGCUUCUGUGAAUUAAUUACCAUGUUAACUUCAUCCCCAUAAAAUAUCCAACCAAUUUUUAGGUACAUAUAAUGAUGUCUUUUACAGUUAUUUAGAUCUAGACUUGAUCUAUUUCAGAGCAGACUUUGUGUUGAAGUAAAUUGUCUCUUACUUUGUUAAUGCUUUUCGCGUUACCACUCAAGUUAAUUAUUGGUACAAUGUUACAUUAAAAUCUCUGACAAGCCUAAAUAUGGGGUAUAGGUCUCUAACAGAGUUUUGAAGUCAAUGGAAGAAAUUUAUGGCCAUUUAAACUGUUAGUAAUGCCAAUAUUUUGUUUAUGAUUCCAGAGGCAACUUCAGAUGAUUAACCACUGUCCAUUUCCGAACAGUUUCAUUUUAAGUUAUUAUGUACAUUUCCUUAUCCCUGGCCGAAAGUGGAGGGAUAUAGGUUUGGUGUUGUCCAUCUGGCUGUUUGUCCGUGUGUGCAUCUGUAUGUUCAAAUUGGAACAGCUUAUAUUCAAAAAGCAUUUUAGCUAGAAUUACCAAACCUCACAUAAUUUUUUUUAUUAGCCCAUGAUUUUUGCUAACAUAUAUGAUUAUCCCCCUUGACCCAGUUAAAGCAGGGUUUUCCCUUUGAUUUGGUAAAGAAUAGUUUUUUUGACAGUAAGUAACCUAUUGAUGAAUAUUCAUGAAACCUAACAAAAAUCUAGAUCACUAUAGGGCUGCAGUGCACGUGCAGCUUUAGUCAGGAUCACUGCAGGAACUGCAAAGUUAUUGCCCUUGGAUUGUUUUACAAUCCAUAAAUUCCCACAUAAGAAAUUGAUGGGUCUUCAUGAAAUUUAACACAAAUGUAGAUCACUAUAGGGCAGUGGUGAAUGAGAAUCUUUGAGUUAUUGCCCUUUAAUUGUUUUAAAAUUCAUAAAUAUAUCUAGAAAUUAACUAUCUUUCAAAAAAUAUCCCCCUCAUUCAUAAAACAACCUAAUCAAUGAUGAAUAAAAAUUCACUGAUUUUGCUUGUUUUCCUAUAAUAAUAGCAAACAAAGUCUGUUAGAUGUAUCCUAGGGUGACACUUUCUGUUUGCUGGAAUGCAUAGUAUAAAUUUUAUUUUACUGUAAGAUUGCAGUUUCUCCUCUUGGUUCAUUUAUGAAAUAGUUGUGUAUUGAAUUUACAAAUUUGCAAUGUAAAUAAAAUGUAAAUUGUAUGGUUAAUAUAUUUUGGAAAGAUCUGUUCUGUUUUACCUCAAGAACUUUUUAUGCCACCGAAGGGAGGCAUAUUAGUUUUCAAUUGUCCGUCCGUUAGUUUGUCACAACGUUAACUUACAACGUUAACUUUCUGCAUGAAGGCACUUUACUCGCAAACCACUGCACCCAGAACCUUCAAACUUCAUGUGCUGAUAGUACUUAUUGAGUACACGACCCCUACUGACUUUGGGGUCACCAGGUCAAAGGUCAAGGGCGCUGUGGGGGCAUUUGUCACCAUUAGUGACAGCUCUUGUUUCUAUUGAAAAUGAUACCAUUCAUAUAGAUGUAUUUUUGAAACUACCAUACAGUAAACCUCACUUACAAAGAAUUCGGAUAUAGGGAACACUCGGUUAUAAGGAACAAUUUUCAAUUCCCGAUCUAAUUCCUUCUUUAUUCAAUGUAAAAAUCCUCGGUUAUAGGGAACUUGGUUAUAAGGAACACUUUUCUCAGUCCCAAGGUACGAAAUUCAAUGGAAAACCCCUCGGUUAUAGCAAACAGACAUAAAGAAUAAAAAUUAUCAUUAUCAGCAUUUACCAAAUACUAGACGAUAAUUACGCGUGAUUAACAAUGGCAAACAGCCCAGCUGACCAAAUUUCCAAUUAGGUGCUAAAAACUAUAGGUAUAAUUUACACUUUAAUCCGUAUGCAUUGCGCCAUAGUCUAGUCAUAGUCUAAUGCACUGUAUGUCAUAAACACCCUACUUUAAAAUUUUAAUUCAUUUGGUAGUCUAAUUUAAUCUGUUUGAUAUUUCCCUUGAACACUUACUUGACAAUGUGUGCAUAUUAAAAAUUUGAACGUUCAUUUUUUUAGCUCACAUAUCACAAAGUGACAGUGUGAGCUUUUGUGAUCGCGCAGCGUCCGUCGUCCGUCCGUGCGUCCGUGCGUAAACUUUUGCUUGUGACCUCUCUAGAGGUCACAUUUUUCAUGGGAUCUUUAUGAAAGUUAGUCAGAAUGUUCAUCUUGAUGAUAUCUAGGUCAAGCUCGAAACUGGGUCACGUGCGGUCAAAAACUAGGUCAGUAGGUCUAAAAAUAGAAAAACCUUGUGACCUCUCUAGGGGCCAUAUUUUUCAUAAGAUCUUCAUGAAAAUUGGUCAGAAUGUUUACCUUGAUGAUAUCUAGGUCAAGUUCGAAACUGGGUCACGUGCCAUCAAAAACUAGGUCAGUAGGUCAAAUAAUAGAAAAACCUUGUGACCUCUCUAGAGGCCAUAUUUUUUACGGGAUCUGUAUGAAAGUUGGUCUGAAUGUUCAUCUUGAUGAUAUCUAGGUCAAGUUCGAAACUGGGUCAGCUGCGGUCAAAAACUAGGUCAUUAGGUCUAAAAAUAGAAAAACCUUGUGACCUCUCUAGAGGUCAUACUUUUGAAUGGAUCUUCAUGAAAAUUGGUGAGAAUGUUCACCUUGAUGAUAUCUAGGUCAAGUUCGAAACUGGGUCACGUGCCAUCAAUAACUAGGUCAGUAGGUCAAAUAAUAAAAAAACCUUGUGACCUCUCUAGAGGCCAUAUUUUUAUGGGAUCUGUAUGAAGGUUGGUCUGAAUGUUCAUCUUGAUGAUAUCUAGGCCAAGUUCGAAACUGGGUCAACUGUGGUUAAAAACUAGGUCAUUAGGUCUAAAAAUAGAAAAACCUUGUGACCUCUCUAGAGGCCAUAUUUUUCAUGGGAUCUGUAUGAAAGUUGGUCUGAAUGUUCAUCUUGAUGAUAUCUAGGUCAAGUUUGAAACUGGAUCAGCUGCGGUCAAAAACUAGGUCAUUAGGUCUAAAAAUAGAAAAACCUUGUGACCUGUCUAGAGGCCAUACUUUUGAAUGGAUCUUCAUGAAAAUUGGUCAGAAUGUUCACCUUGAUGAUAUCUAGGUCAAGUUUGAAACUGGGUCACGUGCCAUCAAUAACUAGGUCAGUAGGUCAAAUAAUGAAAAAAAACCUUGUGACCUCUCUGGAGGCCAUAUUUUUCAUGGGAUCUGUAUGAAGGUUGGUCUGAAUGUUCGUCUUUAUGAUAUCUAGGUCAGGUUCAAAACUGGGUCACAUGAGCUCAAAAACUAGGUCACUAUGUCAAAUAAUAGAAAAAAAGGGACGUCAUACUCAGUUCAAAACUGGGUCAUGUUGGGACAGGUGAGCGAUUCAGGACCAUCAUGGUCCUCUUGUUUAUACUAGUAUUGAUGCCUCUCCUCAUAACAUGCAGUCUAGCAACUGUAACAUAUAUACUCAUCGUGCAGCGCUCUCUAAAAGAAAGAAGAUAGAAAUAACCGACAAAAAAUAAACACAAAUUAUGGCCAUUCUUACCGACGUAAAUUUUAGCUUCGUUUAGGUUUAACGCCGUGUUUCAACAGUAUUUCAGUCAUAUACAUGCAGACAGUUUACCUUAACAUCUCUCCAGGAAAAGACCGGUACUACUCUUGCAGCUUUCUCAUAUAAAAAUUCAUGGUCGACCCGGAGUGUGAACAAAUAGCGCUUUUCAAACAUCAGUCAAAUAGUGUUUGCUAUACAAAUUGUGUUUGUUCUACAAACCUCGGUUACAAGGAACCAGUUCGCUAUACGGAUAUAAGGAACCUCGGUUAUAAGGAACAAUUUUCAGAGGUCCCAAGCUGUUCCUUGUAAGCGAGGUAUACUGUAUCUAGCAAGUUUUUUUGUGCACAGACUUAAUAGCAGCACUUACUUUAUAGAAAUACAAAUCAAAGUUAAGUUGUUUUAACAUUGUGGUAAGUUUACGCUGUAAAACCACAGUAAUAAUAAAUCCUUGUUUUACUUACAGAGAAUUUAAGUUUGCAUUUUUCAGUAUAACUGUAUGUGUUUGACUAUAAAAUUUUAUUCACACAAAACUUGUUUAUUUUGAUUAUACAUGUACAGAUUUAAAGUGGUCACAUUGACGUGUUAGUGGUGACAAAGAAAUAAUGCAGUUUAUCUGAGUUGCAACAAAGAGGUUAAAUGCUGCUCUAAAUAAUUCACUCGGGCUACACCCUUGUGAAAUUAUUCUUUAGAACGAAAGACCUCUUCAUUGUAUAAUUACAGCGUGCUUCUACUAUAUAUUAGUUCUUAAAUCACAUAGUUGUAAUCUUUGACUGCCUUUCUUGCCACAAUAAUGGAAUCUCCCUUUAAGAGAGAAAAAAAUAACUUCCUUUUUUCGAUCAUCUUUUCAUAAUGCUUGUUCUGUUUAGUGAUUUCUGUGAAAGAAUAACAGAUUUAUUUCAUAAGCUCAUCUGAUUUAUAUAAAUUAUUUGCAUUUGUUAGGAUUUUUGUUCAGGUUCAAUUCUUUUGCUUCAGUUGUGGAAGACCCAGGAGGCAAGUAGUGUUUAAACUGCCAGUCUGGCCAUUUGUUGAACUUAUGUCACACUUAUUUGUGUGCAUAACUCCUAGAGUUUUCAUCCAUUACAAAUGAAACUUGGUAUAUACAUCAUCAGCAUGAAGUGGAAUGGGACUGUAAUGUAUUAUCAUACUCCCACAAAAAUUCAUGAAAAGCUUGACAGAUUUGAAUAAUUUUUGGUACACAGGUGUAACAUCAUAAAAUACAUGUCAAGUUCAACUUUGAGGUCAGUAGGUCAAGGUCACAAUGACCAGGAACAAUUAAAAAGUUUCCGGAUGGUAACUUGAGAACCCUUAGACCUGGGAGCGUAAAUUUUGGUACACAGGUGUAACAUCAUAAAAUACAGGUCAAGUUCGACUUUGAAGUUAGUAGGUCAAGGGUCAAGGUCACAAUGACCCAGAACAGUUAAACAGUUUCCUGAUGAUAACUUGAGAACCCUUGGGCCUAGGAUCACGAAAGUUGAUAGGAAGGUUGGUCAUGACCAGCAAAUGACCCCUGUUGAUUUUUAGGUCAGCAGGUCAAAGGUCAAGGUCACAGAGACCCGGAACAGUUAAACCAUUUCCGUACAAUAACUUUAGAACGCUUGGUUCCAGGAUCAUGAAAAUUGAUUGCAAAAUUCAUUUAGAUUGGAAAGGUUUCCAGUAUGCAGGGGUUCUGAUUUAGAGGAGUUUUGCUGUACAUUUUUAUAUAAUCAGUAGAAGGUUAAGAAGGCAUAGAACUAUAACCCUGUUCUGACAUAUUGUCUCUUAUCAUUGAUUUACAGAAGAGUUUUGGCACCAGCAGGCUUUGCUCUUGUACUAUUAUAUAAAUGUUUCUAUUAAAAUACAGCUGAGGUUUGGUUAAUAGAAACUUGUUAAAACAUGGAAAAGUUGUGUAAUUCUGUAAAAGUUUUAGUCCUAUUAACAAAGUAACUUCUGCAUUUAAUCAUUACUGUGCAAUUGGUUCUGCCUUUGCGACCAGUGUAGAUCAUGAUCUGCAGUGUUUGCUAUUCAGCCAGUAUCUUUUUGCAAAACACCCGGUACUGUCCAAAUCGGAAGAUGGAUAAGUUCAUUGUAAAAAUUUAGCAGGGUAAGGUUUAAACUUACUUAUUUGUGAGUCAUUGUUGUGUAUAGUUGUACAUGUUUUAACUACAAAAUUUUGAAUACUAUUGAAGACAGUGAGAUAUUCAGUGGAUUCAUAAUGUAGUUUUCAAGUUGAAAGAUUCUAUGAUAGUUUUGUUGUGAUUUGUUAUACCUUGUUUUUUAAGAUGUAAAUAAGUGAGGAUUUGUUUGUAGACACUGUUUCUUUAUUGAUAUGUUUUUAAGUUUGUCUUUCAUGAUAUGUGAUUGUUGUAUUCACUAGAUCAUGUUAAAAUUUCUCAUGUUAGAUUGCUUUGUUAUAAGUAUUUCAUAUUGCCAUAGUACCAAUUCUUAUGUCCUGUUCAGUUAUAGAUGAAAAACGCUGUAUACAUGUAGCAUUUUUUGUAAUUGUAAAUUCAGAAUUGAUAUUGUUCAUUAUACCCAGUUGGGUUAUAUAAAGUUCAUUUGCUCUCAGCUGAUUAUUGUUUGCCUGUUUGUACACACAAUUGUCUGCCAGAUUCUUACCUUGUUUUAACAGUUUAGGAAUAUCACUAUGACCUAGAAGAAUGUAUAUUGAUUGUUCAAUUUACUGUAUGUGUAGAUUUUUUCGCAGGAUCGUAAUUUUCACGCAAAUGCGCAGUCCAGACGCCCGCGAAUUCAUGAGUUCAGCGAAAUUUUAUACCCCAAUCUUCUCAAACACGAAACAUUUUAAUUCAAUUUGUCAAUGUGAUAAGUUUGUUUUAUGUAUGUGAAUGUUGUUUGUACGAUAUGUUCUGUUGUGUUCGACAAAUAAAAUAUGUUUAAACUACCAACACACUUGAUAACAGUGACUCGAUCAUAAUUACCAAAUAAUGUGUUUUUCACACAUAAUGCGAGCCUGUUAAUUUUUGCAAUAAUGCAUUGUUUGGACAAUAAAGAGAUAUAAGGGAACAGUUACGUUUAUUAAAUGCAAAUCACAACUGUACAAUGAAAUAUUGUUAUACUACAAAAGCACAUUCAGUGGAUUUUCAAUUUACAAUAAAUUACAUGUAUUAAAAACAGUAAUGUUAGUUUCGGAACAGAAAUGUUAAUUCACAAUUUUCCUUUGCUUGUGAGAAACUUUAGCUGAGAUUAAUGUUGGGUAAAUUACGAUUGAGAACUUCUCAAUGUUCAGUCGCUUUUUUAGCUCACCUGUCACAAAGUGACAAGGUGAGCUUUUGUGAUCGCGUGGCGUCCGUCGUCCGUCCGUAAAACUUUUGCUUGUGACCACUCUAGAGGUCACAUUUUUCAUGGGAUCUUUAUGAAAAUUGGUCAGAAUGUUCAUCUUGAUGAUAUCUAGGUCAAGUUCGAAACUGGGUCACGUGCCGUCAAAAACUAGGUCAGUAGGUCAAAUAAUAGAAAAACCUUGUGACCUCUCUAGAGGCCAUAUUUUUCAUGGGAUCUGUAUGAAAGUUGGUCUGAAUGUUCAUCUUGAUGAUAUCUAGAUCAGAUUCGAAACUGGGUCAACUGCGCUCAAAAACUAGGUCAGUAGGUCUAAAAAUAGAAAAACCUUGUGACCUCUCUAGAGGCCAUACUUUUCAAUGGACCUUCAUGAAAAUUAGUCAGACUGUUCACCUUGAUGAUAUCUAGUUCAAGUUCGAAACUUGGUCACGUGCCACCAAAAGCUAGGUCAGUAGGUCAAAUAAUAGAAAAACCUUGUGACCUCUCUAGGGGCCGUAUUUUUCAUGGGAUCUGUAUGAAAAUUGGUCUGAAUGUUCACCUUGAUGAUAUCUAGGCCAAGUUCGAAACUGGGUCACGUGCGGUCAAAAACUAGGUCAGUAGGUCAAAUAAUAGAAAAAUCUUGUGACCUCUCUAGAGGCCAUAUUUUUCAUGGUAUCUGUAUGAAAGUUGGUCUGAAUGUUUAUCUUGAUGAUAUCUAGGCCAAGUUUGAAACUGGGUCAACUGCGAUCAAAAACUAGGUCAGUAGGUCUAAAAAUAGAAAAACCUUGUGACCUCUCUGGAGCCCAUACUUUUCAAUGGAUCUUCAAGAAAAUUGGUCAGAAUGUUCACUUGGUGAUAUCUAGGUCAAAUUCGAAACUGGGUCACGUGCCAUUUAAAACUAGGCCAGUAGGUCAAAUAAUAAACAAACCUUGUGACCUCUCUGGAGGCCAUAUUUUUCAUGGGAUCUGUAUGAAAGUUGGUCUGAAUGUUCAUCUUGAUGAUAUCUAGGUCAAGUUCGAAACUGGGUCAACUGCGGUCAAAAACUAGGUCAGUAGGUCUAAAAAUAGAAAAACCUUUUGACCACUCUAGAGGCCAUAUUUUUCAAUGGAUCUUCAUGAAAAUUGGUCUGAAUGUUCACCUUGAUGAUAUCUAGAUAAAGUUUGAAACUGGGUCACGUGUGGUCAAAACUAGGUCAGUAGGUAUAAAAAUAGAAAAACCUUGUGACCUCUCUAGAGGCCAUACUCUUCAUGAGAUCUACAUGAAAAUUGGUGAGAAUGUUCACCUUGAUGAUAUCUAGAUUAAGUUCAAAACUGGGUCAUGUGCCUUCAAAAACUAGGUCAUUAGGUCAAAUAAUAGAAAAACCUUGUGACCUCUCUAGAAGCCAUAUUUUUCAAUGGAUCUUCAUGAAAAUUGGGUCAUGUGGGGACAGGUGAGCGAUUCAGGACCAUCAUGGUCCUCUUGUUUAACAAUACAGGUAUAUAGGGAUUAAUGUAACAAAAGAGCGUAGUAUAUUUACUGUAAACACAAGCAUCUUAAAUAUUAUCACCAAAAUCGGUAAAUCUCGGCAAAACUCUGCAAUUUUCGUUCAAAUUCAGUAGAAGUGCUCAUACAGUCUGAGUGCGUAUUUAUGAAUACGAUGUCUCACGGCGCGAAUUCUAGUUUGCGCCAAUAAAUAGUAUUUUCUAGACUAGCUGCCGGAGCGUGAAAUGUUCGUUGCGCGAAAAAACGUACACAUACAGUGCUUUAUUAGAAAUUAUUAAAGAGGUGAGGAAUCAUUAUACAAGAUAAUGUGAAUGUGCCUUUUUACUAACAUUCUAAAAAACUAUUAGGAAACCUUAAUGCCAGGUGAGCAAAACAUCAAACAUACUUUACCUACAAGGCUUAGUGUAUCUUACCCUCUCUUAAAAGUGUAAAUUUUUUAUAAAACGUCUUCUCAUGCUCUGAACCUGUCCGGGGAGGACAAGAUUUACAAUCAGAAGUUAUAAGUUUGACACACAGUUGACACAUGUUUUCUCUGUGAUGAUUGGCUGAAGACAAUAUGUCUCCUGUAAUUUGUCCUUGACCUCUGAUUCAUAUUAGAAAUGUGUUGUCAGUUACUUACUGAGUACAGGUUAGUGCUUGUGAAGAAUCCAAGAACACUAUUCAGUUGAGUAACUGAAACACUCGUGAUAUUUUGAACUUGUUCAAAUACAACAGCUGUAAAUUUUGAAUUUACAACCUAUAAAAGAGAUAUUGCUUUAUACCAUUCUAUGUUAUUGUUGUGAUGUCUAUUCUUCAUUUGACAUUUUAUUGUGAUUAAAGGUCAGUAUCUGCCCGCCCGCUUAGCUCAGUAAGGAGAGCGUUGGUCUACGGAUCACGGGGUCGCGAGUUCGAUCCUCGGGCGGGGCGUAUGUUCUCCGUGACGAUUUGAUAAAAGACAUUGUGUCUGAAAUCAUUCGUCCUCCACCUCUGAUAAUUCAUGUGGGGAAGUUGGCAGUUACUUGCGGAGAACAGGUUUGUACUGGUACAGAAUCCAGGAACACUGGUUAGGUUAACGUAAUGCCCGCCGUUACAUGACUGAAAUACUGUUGAAAAACGGCGUUAAACCCAAAACAAACAAACAAACAUAAAGGUCAGUAUCUGGCAAUCUACCUUAAUUACAAUAGGCAUAUGUUCAGUUUGUGCAUUUUUGAAUGUCAAAUACACUCCCACUGCUCCCCUCCCCCUUCCCGACUAUAGACUAUAUUUUAUGAAUAGUUUCAAUACUUGCUCUAUAUUAGAACCAUUCAAAGCACAUGUCUGACAGUCAUGUGGUCUGUUGUUGAGGUUUUGUUAGGUUACUGAUACUGGGUCUGUGCACUGGAUUGCAAGAAGAUAUCUGUCGUCACUGCAGUUACACAGAUAUAAUAGUCCUGUAAGCUGAAAUGGAAACUAUAAAUCCCUGACAUACAGUCUGAAUUUGGAGUUGUAUAAAUGUCUCAUCAUGUAUGAAUUCGAUGUUGCCUGGUGACAUUAAGAUGUUUUGUAUUUGUGUGGUUCCCACAUACGGUUAACUACAUUGUUUUUCUCCUCUAUCAUCUGCCUCGGCGAUAUAUGACCAUUUUGUGUUGAUUCGCCGUAAAACCCAACUCACUCACUUUAUCAUCUUGCUUUGGUCAUAAACAGUUAUUUUCAUUGAUAUAUCUUUACCAGACCAGGUACCUUUUCAGACAGCUAUAUUUAGUUAAGGUUUAUCAUGUAUGUCAUAACUCAGUUUUAAUAUUUUGCACAUACACACACUUACCUAUGUUUAUAGUCUCAGUCCUUCUCUUUAAACUAUCAUUUAAGGCAAAAUAAUACUGUACAGUAUAAGUGGAAAAGUUUGUGACUUGGAAAUGAUCACAAAUUUCAUGAAUUCAAGUAAUUCCCAAUUAUUAUCAGCCAGCGUAAAUUUCCAUGUUCAAAAAGACACAUCAUUAUGGUGAAAGAAAUACAAACAAAUGUAUCUGUGGCACUGCAGUUUUUUGUGAUUCACUAAUAUUUCUGCUUGCAAAAUGUCUGGCAUACUUAGCAUAAAAUGUUCCCUAUAAUGAGAUGUGUCAUGCGCAAGACCCAGACGCCUAGCUUGAAGGUCAAGGUCACACUUAGAAGUCAAAGGUUAACAUGGUCAGUUUCUUGUCUGGUCCAUAACUGCCAUUUAUCAAGGGAUUUGAAAAUAAUAUGACACAAAUGUUAACCACAUUGAGAAGGUGUGUCGCGCUUAUGACCUGGGUCUCUCAGGUCAAGGUUGCAAAAUGAUUUAUACUUUAAACUAUUCUGGCGUAUUUUGCGCAGACAGCUAUAGCAUUUUUGGGCACGCUUCAGGGGCAUUUGUUGCUAAUAGUAACAGCACUUGUUUGACCUGUAGACUUAUACAAUUUUUUGUCUCAUUCAUAUUUCACAAGUUAGUGAUAUUUUCAUGAUUUUCAUUGAUUUGGAAUGUUAAUAAAUAUAUAAAAUUCUUAAAGUCUAAAUAUAGGUUUUUACAGUGAAGAGUUAAAAAUUAUAUUACAAUUUUUAUCUCAUUUUGGAUAGUGGUGGUAUUGUACAAGAAAAUACACAAUUCGGCACUACCAUUGGUUUCAGAGAGAUGGUAAUUUGAUACAGAUUUUUCAGAUGAAAUGAGAAACAAAAUAAAUUAUUUAGAUUACACUUUGUCAAGAUUUUUUUUUGUAUUGCUUUAGCUGGACAUAAACUAAGUCAUGCAAAGAGGUAUUUAGUGUAGUGAGGGACAAAAGAUUCCUAUUCUAAUUUAUCCGCUUUUUUAGAGCAGUUGGGUAGUUAAAUGAAUUGAUUAUGGGCUGCAAAAUAUGUUAGACAGUAUGUUGAAAACAAAUGUUUUGAAAGUUUAAAGUUCAUCUGGUUUGUUACAUACCUUCUUAUAUGUGCCAUUUGUUUGUUUAAAAUUUUGUUUUACAUUGUCAUUACCAUAAUUCAUGAGCACAGGAGGUGACAAUUGGCUGCUGUUUGAGUCAUCAUUUUGAGCCACACCAUGAGAAAACCAACAUAGUGCAUUUGCGACCAGCAUGGAUCCAGACCAGCCUGAGUAUCCGCGCAGUCUGGUCAAGAUCCAUACUCUUUGCUAACGGAUAGGGUUUGAAGGCUGGUCUUGAUCCAUGCUGGUCUCAAAUGCACCAUGUUGGUUUUCUUGUGGAGCUGCUCAUUUCUGUAACAGGGUUUUUAAACAUUUCGACUUUAUAUUUAACACUGAAUAUAGAUUUUGCAUUAUUCUGAAGGUCUCUGUUUGAAGGAACUAUUUGAAUUAUUGGAGGUAUCUUUAAUCAUUUUAUUUUUUGACGAAAUAUGUUUUUUUUUUCAUAUGUAUAAGGUCUGAAAAACUAUGCUUAGGCAAUUUAAAGAUUAAUUAUUUGUUAACAGAGAAAUGAGCCGCGCCAUGAGAAAACCAACAUAGUGGGUUUGCGACCAGCAUGGAUCCAGACCAGCCUGCGCGGUCAGGAUCCAUGCUGUUCGCUAACAAGUUGUCUAAUUGCAGUAGGCUUUGAAAGUGAACAGCAUGGAUCCUGACCAGACUGCGCGGAUGCUCAGGCUGGUCUGGAUCCAUACUGGUCACAAACCCACUAUUUUGGUUUUCUUAUGGUGCGGCUCAAAUGUUGUUUUAUAUGCUUAUAAACAUAACUUGGAAGAUUCUUAAUAAUCUAUCAACAAGUGAAGUCAAAAUUGCAAUUUAAAAACUGUUUGAUGGCACUGAUGCCUGAAAUUUUCAAUUGGAAAUGCCAAACAAAAUGGAUUUUUGAUGAUAUACAACUCAGUACGGAUCGAUAUUUCUUUUCCAAAAUAACUAAAAACAUUCUAUUAUUAUAAUGCUAACAGUUACUGUUCUUUAAAAUGAUGUAUGAUAUCAAUAUUGUCAUCAAGUAUUUCAAAAGCUCGAAAACGCUGUUACAGAAUAUAUGGAUCAAACAACAGAAGUUAAUCUUUAAUCACAUUUGAAAUUGAAAUGAAUCUGUUUUUCUGGUAGAAAUUAUUACUAUUAUAGUGGCUGUACAUACAGUUAUGUUUGAGAGCUACUAGUUGUUUCAUUGCAAGUAUCAAUAAAAUUUUCAUCAAGUUUUC